GAUAAACUGUAUGAAUAUCAGUGGCCUCAGGGUGAGGGAGAAUGGCACAUGUUACAAGAACAAGUUAGUGAAUAUCUCAGCAUCAAAUCAUUCAAACGCAAAUAUCCAGACAUGUAUAGAAGAUUUGUUGAUAAAGAAGAAAAAGAAUUUUUGAUGGAUAGAGGAGUUGUAACAGAAACACAUUGUGAUUUAGGACUAACAGCUGUACGAAGUGAAGAUAUUUAUGACUUGAUGUAUAAAGAUUAUCCUGAAAAAUAUGAGGAGUUUUUAACAUACAUGCAUGGUAAACAACGAGAGACAAUUUACGAACAACAUAAAGAAUAUGAUGUGGUAGGUAAUAUACACUUUUCUCCAAAUGUAGAAAAAAGUAAAUUAGCAGAAUAUAUGAAAAAAGCUGUCAAGUCAGCAGCAGAAUUCAAUUCUCAGAUGCAGAAAGAAAGAAGAGAAGAACGAAAAGCCUUUUUUGAUCUUCAAACAUUUAGUGUUCACUAUCCUGUGAAUAGAUAUAAGAAAUUACCACCAGAAUUAACUAAAGCUAGUGCUUACCCAAUAGCCUUAAUACCAGGACAGUUUCAGGAUCAUUAUACCACAUAUACAGCAGAUGAGUUAAAGUAUUUACCUAUUAAUACAGCUAUGUAUGAUGCUCCUAAAUGGAUGGAAUCAGAACAACCUAAAGAAACCAAUCAAACUUCAGAAGUAGAGGACAGUCAAGGGGAGGAAAAGGAAAAAGAGAAGCCCGUCAAAGCUGAACCAGUGAAAGAAACUACGUGUCGAAGAUGUGAAAUUAAAAAUAAAAAUAAGAAACGAAUACGAAGAAUUAAAGAAGAAAUUAUAAAUUGUUCAGAAUGUGGUGCAGGGGGUCAUCCAACAUGUUUAGAAUUAACAGAAGAAAUGGUUGGUGUUAUACAGACGUAUCCAUGGCAAUGUAUGGAAUGUAAAACUUGUGUUGAAUGUAUGGACCCUUAUGAUGAGGACAAGAUGAUGUUUUGUGACCGGUGUGAUCGAGGCUACCAUACUUUCUGUGUGGGUAUGAAGGCAAUUCCUACUGGACGAUGGGAAUGCAAGAGUUGUAAAGGUACCACAGCCUCUAUAACGGAAACACCAAAAUCAAAGUAA